UCGUGGUGUCAGCUGAAGACGAGUGUCAGGUGUGGAGAGUCUCAGUGCCCCCUUUCAGUCUGGACUGUGAGCUGCUGCUGGUUAGAAAGACUUGGUUUCUCUUUCAGGAUGGUACCUCUGCUGUAUUAAGCCCCAUAGGAAGACUGCCACACCUAGACUGAUGCUUAUUAGUCAUCACCGUUAUCCCUACUAACGUCCUGUGUCACUGAGUUUUCUAAAUGUCUAGCGUAUCUGUAAAGAUGCCUUAGAAAAAGAGUCAUGGAGAAGUAUAUCAGACUACAGAAGAUUGGAGAAGGUUCAUUUGGAAAAGCCAUUCUUGUUAAAUCUACAGAAGAUGGCAGACAGUAUGUUAUCAAGGAAAUUAACAUCUCAAGAAUGUCCAGUAAAGAAAGAGAAGAAUCAAGGAGAGAAGUUGCAGUAUUGGCAAAUAUGAAGCACCCAAAUAUUGUCCAAUAUAGAGAAUCAUUUGAAGAAAAUGGCUCUCUCUACAUAGUGAUGGAUUACUGUGAGGGAGGGGAUCUGUUUAAGCGAAUAAAUGCUCAGAAAGGUGUUUUGUUUCAAGAGGAUCAGAUUUUGGACUGGUUUGUACAGAUAUGUUUGGCCCUGAAACAUGUACAUGAUAGAAAAAUUCUUCAUCGAGACAUAAAAUCACAGAACAUAUUUUUAACUAAAGAUGGAACUGUACAACUUGGAGAUUUUGGAAUUGCUAGAGUUCUUAAUAGUACUGUAGAGCUGGCUCGAACUUGCAUAGGGACCCCAUACUACUUGUCACCUGAAAUCUGUGAAAACAAACCUUACAACAAUAAAAGUGACAUUUGGGCUCUGGGGUGUGUCCUUUAUGAGCUGUGUACACUUAAACAUGCUUUUGAAGCUGGCAGUAUGAAAAACCUGGUUCUGAAGAUAAUAUCUGGAUCUUUUCCACCUGUGUCUUUGCAUUAUUCCUAUGAUCUCCGCAGUUUGGUGUCUCAAUUAUUUAAAAGAAAUCCUAGGGAUAGACCAUCAGUCAACUCCAUAUUGGAGAAAGGUUUUAUAGCCAAACGCAUUGAAAAGUUUCUGUCACCUCAGCUUAUUGCAGAAGAAUUCUGUCUGAAAACAUUUUCAAAGUUUGGAUCACAGCCUAUACCAGCUAAAAGACCAGCUUCAGGACAAAACUCCAUUUCUGUUAUGCCUGCUCAGAAAAUUACAAAGCCUGCUGCUAAAUAUGGAAUACCUUUAGCAUACAAGAAGUAUGGAGAUAAAAAAUUACACGAAAAGAAACCACUGCAAAAACAUAAACAGGCCCAUCAAACUCCAGAGAAGAGAGUGAAUACUGGAGAAGAAAGGAGGAAAAUGUCUGAGGAAGCAGCAAGAAAGAGAAGGCUGGAUUGUAUUGAAAAAGAAAAGAAACAAAAAGAUCAGAUUAUUAGUUUAAUGAAGGCUGAACAAAUGAAAAGGCAAGAAAAGGAAAAGUUGGAGAGAAUAAAUAGGGCCAGGGAACAAGGAUGGAGAAAUGUACUAAGUGCUGGUGGAAGUGGUGAAGUCAAGGCUCCUUUUUUUGGCAGUGGAGGGACUAUAGCCCCAUCAACUUUUUCUUCUCGAGGACAGUAUGAACAUUACCAUGCCAUUUUUGAUCAAAUGCAGCAACAAAGAGCAGAAGAUAAUGAAGCUAAAUGGAAAAGAGAAAUAUAUGGUCGAGCUCUUCCCGAAAGAGGAAUUCUGCCUGGAGUUCGUCCAGGAUUUCCUUAUGGGGCUGCAGGUCAUCACCAUUUCCCUGAUGCUGAUAUUAGAAAAACUUUGAAAAGAUUGAAGGCGGUGUCUAAACAAGCCAAUGCAAACAGGCAAAAAGGGCAGCUAGCUGCAGAAAGGGCUAAACAAGUAGAAGAGUUCCUGCAGCGAAAACGAGAAGCUAUGCAGAAUAAAGCUCGAGCCGAAGGACAUAUGGGAAUCCUGCAAAACCUGGCAGCUAUAUAUGGAGGCAGGCCCAGCUCUUCAAGAGGAGGGAAGCCAAGAAACAAAGAGGAAGAGGUUUAUCUGGCACGACUGAGGCAAAUAAGACUACAGAAUUUCAAUGAGCGCCAGCAGAUUAAAGCCAAACUUCGUGGUGAAAAGAAAGAAGCCAAUCGUUGUGAAGGACAAGAAGGAAAUGGAGAGGCUGACAUGAGGCGCAAAAAAAUCGAAUCACUGAAGGCCCAUGCAAAUGCACGUGCUGCUGUACUAAAAGAACAACUAGAGCGAAAGAGAAAGGAAGCUUAUGAGAGAGAAAAGAAAGUGUGGGAAGAGCAUUUGGUGGCUAAAGGAGUAAAGGGUUCUGAUGUUUCUCCACCUUUGGGACAACAUGAAACAGGUGGCUCUCCAUCAAAGCAACAGAUGAGAUCUGUUAUUUCUGUGACUUCAGCUUUGAAAGAAGUUGGUGUGGACAGUAGUUUAACUGAUAUCCGGGAAACUUCAGAAGAAAUGCAAAAGACCAACAAUGCCAUUUCAAAUAAGCGAGAAAUACUUCGCAGAUUAAAUGAAAAUCUUAAAGCUCAAGAAGAUGAAAAAGGAAAGCAGCAUCCCUCUGAUACUUUUGAGAUAAUUGUUCAUGAAGAUGCCAAAGAGCAUGAAAAAGAAAAAUCAGUUUUUUGUGAUCGCAAGAAGUGGGAGGCUGGAGGUCAACUUGUGAUGCCUCUGGAUGAGCUAACACUUGAUACAUCCUUCUCUGCAACUGAAAGAAACACAGUGGGAGAAGUUAUUAAAUUAGAUCCUAGUGGAUCUCCAAGAAGAGCCUGGGGGAGAAGUCCGACAGAUUCUGUUCUAAAGAUACUUGGAGAAGCUGAACUACAACUUCAGACAGAACUUUUGGAAAACACAACUAUUAGAAGUGAGAUUUCUCCUGAAGGGGAAAAGUACAAACCCUUAAUUGCUGAAGAAAAAAAAAUACAGUGUAUUUCACAUGAAAUAAACACAUCGGCUAUUGUUGACUCUCCUGUUGAGACAGAAAGUCCAAAGUUUAGUCAGGCAUCUCCACAGAUGUCAUUGAAACUGGAAGGAAAUUUAGAAGACCCUGAAGAUUUGGAAAGAGAUCAUCACAGCUAA